AUGCUGCAAUAUGGGUUCCCAUGGCCGGAUAUAUUGUCGUGCAAAAAGUUUCCCCAAGAUAACGAUAUGUGCAUUAAGGUGGUAGCCGGUAAAAAACAGCCAGGUACUUUUGAAGAGCUAAAAAACGACGGUUUGGAAGGAGAGGAGAAGAAUGAGGCGGGAGGGGAACGGGAGGUGGUGGUUGGGGUACGGAUAAGAGAGGUUUCGCUGGCAUUGUUAUUCAAAGAAAUCAAAAAGGAAUUGCUCGAACUUGUUCAGCUUGUAGCCAAGUUGGAACAUAUGAAAACAUUCUCGAUCAUUAUUGCCAUUCUCAAUACGGUUGGAAUAGAUGUAAAGAAAUGUACAACAUUAGAUGGCUAUAAUAUUUAA